AUGGGGCUCUUUCGUGCGUUCCAGGAGCAUGUAGAUCGAGCGGGCGUUGAAUACAUUGCGUUUCAUGGGAAACAAAGCUGCGAGAUAGAUGAGGGCCAGGUCAAGUGCGUAUCUCGACUGGUUUGGACAUGCAAGGGUGGUAUGGUGGAUGGGGGCGAAUUUCGCAACGUGGAAUCUGUAGAAUUUAAUUAUAGGGGCUAA